GUGUCAGAAUUGGUACAACCCGGAAGUAGAAGGAUUUUGCGGGAAGUUUGAGUAGGGUUCUGUUAGCUACCGCACAUUCGUUGAAGCUACAAUUGAAACAAAAAUAUGAGUGCCAGAAAGAGAAGAGGAGCCAGGGCAGCACCAAAACCACCACAUGAUAAGAAAGCGUUGCCUUUUGAUUCUCCCAACAUGUCUUCCAUAGAUGGAAUCAGUUUUUUACAAGGACUACAGCAAAACGAUGGUAACCGGAUGCACAGUACGGCAAUUGAAGAAGAUCUAAAACCAUCAAAAGAGGCCCGGGCAGAGAAAGGAAGAGUGGGGAAAAACAACUUGACACAGAAAGCGAAAAACAUUGUGAAAACCAGACCAAAGAAAUCCGACUCAACCAAACAAGCUACUUCUUCACCUGCCAAGCCUACCAAGAGGAGGGUCCAAAAGACGUCUGCAGCCGGGCCUUUGAAUGACGAGCAAGUCAAGACAACGCAGAUGGAAAGGAGUGUGUCAGGCAGUGGCGAGCCCAGUAAUUCAGAGGAGGAGCCGGAUUUUGGCACCAAAAGGAGACGUAAUAUCAUCCUGUCCUCUGAUGAAAACACAGACGAGGACGUGAGCUGGAACCCAAGUCCACCCAAGUCAAAGAAAGCGAAAAUGCACAGUCUGGAGAGAUCCCAAAAGACAUCAUCAGGACAGAAAACAUCUUCUGGUGAAGACAAAGAUUUAAACAGCAAGAAGAAAAGGGAAAGAUCUCAGGGAGGAACCGAAUUAGAAGCAAUGUUGGAUGCCUUCCUGGAUUUCUGUGAUGAGUACAGGGAUUCUGUGGCCUCGACAGCAGUCACGCAGUCCAUUGAUUCUUUCUCCACCAUCGUAAAGGAGCAACUCCUUGAAAAGAUCGCUUCAUGCAAGGAGCUCAAGGCUAUAAAACGGGAAAACGCCAAGGUGGACUCCAUGAUUCGGACAAAGAGACACAGACUUUUGGAUGCCAAGCAGGAGCUGAUAAGGGCAGAGAGACAGGUGGGGCUGCUGCAAAAAGAGAAAGCUGACCUACAACUCAGAUUAGACGAUCUGAAACGAAGCCGGUCCUUCCUCCGAGAUCUUGGAGAACUCAACAAAAUAUACCUGGACUACCGGAGAGCACACCCUAAACAGAAAGAGACCUACGGGGCUUCCAGUGUUGCAGCUCUACUGCUGGAGACCAAACGUAUUCAAGGGACAGAGCAGCAGCCGAGAAGCAUCAAUAAGCACCUGGUGAAAAGAGAUAAUAAUAAUAGAAGAGAUAAUACGCUACAUCAUACUACCCCAAACCAAUAUACUGUAUAAGACUCAACUCCAAACUAGCACACCGACGUUCACCUUUUUAUUACUUCUAAUCUUCCAAACUAAACAAAGUAUCAGCAUACUUUAUUCCUCAGUAUACAGUGUAAAGUAUCAGCAUAUUUUAUUUCUCAUAAUAUCAACAUGAGUGUGAUUGUGUAUUGUGUGUAUUACAUGGUUCAUUUCAUUACACGGCUAGCAUGUUUUUUCCCCCAGUAUGUCCUUAAAAACAUGAUCGAAUGUUCCUGUUGUAUAGAGGAUCUUUGACCAACAUGUUUUAUGCAGUCGGUCCCUAAAAGCAGCACAAUGCUCUUGUUAUUCAGAGGCUAUUUGACUAGCUAUUAUUAGUAUGUUCUUAAAAACAGGAGAGUGUUUCUGUCAAAUAGAGGAUCUUAGAUAAGUUUUUUUGUAGUAUGUUGCAAACAGCAGAGUGUUCCUAUUACUGUAUAUAGAGCAGGGGUCUCAAACUCAAUUUACUUGGGGGCCACUGGAGCUCGGGUCUGGGUGAGACUGGGCCUCAUCAGGUUUAAAAAAAAAAACCAAACAAACAAAAAACGCAUUUAUUAAAAACAAAAAAAAAUAAAAAACUUUGCUUUGGUUCCAAUUUUCUACAAGAAAAACUCAGAUAAAACAUUCCACUGUUCUCAAAUAUCUUAAUUUUUUUUCUACACAAAAUAAGAUGAAAAAUAAGUAAACAAAUCAAGAAUAAAGAAAAUCAAUCAAUCAGUCAUAAAUAAAUAUAAUAAUAAUAAAACGGCAAAUAAUAAAAACUUACCACUUCCACAUGGAUAGGGAGGAUUAUUAACAGUUAUUUAACCUUUAACAUGAACAUUAAUUAAACGUAAUAUUUUUUUCCAUAUCAAACUUGCAUGGGCCGCACUAACAUUAAACUUUCAUAUCAAGGCGGGGGCCUCAAACUAGUGUCCUGUGGGCCACAUUUGGCCCACGGGCCACGUGUUUGAGACCCCUGAUAUAGAGGAUCUUUGACUAGUGUAUUUUUUUUGCAGUUGUUCCCUGAAACCAACAUUGUUCCUGUCUUAUAAAGAAUCUUUGACGAACGUUUUUGCACUAUGUCCUUACAAACAGCAGCGUUUCUGUCAAAUGGAGGAUAGCAUGGACAUAGUGUGUGUUUCAAUGUAUGGCCUUAUAUAUAUAUGAUCAGAUUUGACAUUUCCUGAAGUAAAAGUGUGAAGAAAAUAGGUUAUAUGCCCAA